AUAGUUCAAGUGCUGAUGAGAAUGAUCAAGUUAUACAACAAGAGAAAAAUAUUGAUCCAAAAGCUCAUGUUACCUCGAAAAAAGAAGAGUUGGCUAAUAUUGCACAAUCGAUUAUCGAAGAUCCCGAGAAAAAUGUCGAUCAAUUGAGAAAAUUACGCGAGAUAUCAAAAGACUCGAAUAUUAUUGUGAAAAAAUUCGCAUUUUUGACACAAUUGGCUGUUUACAAGGAUGUUCUUCCUGGGUACCGAAUACGCGUGUUAUCUGAAAAAGAGAAAUCUGUAAAGGUGUCCAAAGAGGUGAAAAAACUAAGAAACUAUGAACAAAGCUUAUUAGCCAAUUAUAAAGCAUAUUUACAGAGUCUACAGAACGCAGUGAAGGCCACUGAAAAGAAUCCAAAAAAAGAAAAAGAUGCUAUAGGGCGAGUAGCAUUGCAAUGCAUGUGUGCUCUAUUGACUUCUGCAACCCAUUUCAAUUUUCGAUUGAAUUUGAUGAAUGCUAUUAUUGCGAGAAUGAGUACAAGGAAAUUUACAGACAUGUCAGCAAUGUGCCGUGAUACAAUAAUAGAAAUAUACAAAAACGAUGAAUCAGGGGAAGCAAGUCUUGACGCGGUGAAACUAACAACACGAAUGAUCAAAGCCCAAAAAUACAAAGUGCAUGAACAAGUUAUUAAUACUUUUUUGCAUUUACGACUUCGCGAUGAGCUUGUUUCAGCUAACAGAACAGCAGCAUCAUCGGACUCUCAACAACAAUACAUGAAGAAACGGAAGCAAGAACGUCGGCACAUUUCGCGAAAGAUGCGAAAAUUGGAGAAGGAUCGUCAAUCUGUGCAGAAGGAGAUGAAAGAGGCUGAAGCUGUUGUUGAUCGAGAGGAUAAAGAGAAGAAGCAAACAGAGACGUUAAAGUUGGUAUUCGCCACGUAUUUUCGUAUACUUAAACACACUAAUGACUCGCCGCUAUUAUUGCCCGUAUUAGAGGGACUAGCAAAAUUCGCACACCUUAUCAACGUCGAUUUUUUCAGUGACCUAUUAAAAAAUGGUGGUCGUCUGGAUGAUAAUGAGGUUAUGUGCUCCGUUUCAAGACGUGUUGCAACACGCAAAAGCGAAUCAUUAAACAUUGAUCUCAAGGACUUUUACACGGAAAUUUACGCGUUAUUGCUACCACUUGCGUUGAGUCCGAAUAUGGAAGACGAUAAUGAUGAAUUCUUUGAAAAGGACAAGAACAAAAAUAAUGAUGACAAUGAAAGUAAAUUAACGGCAACAGAACAAGAAUUGUUGAUGAAAGGAUUUGAGUUUAUGUUUUUUAGGAGACGACAGAUACCAACCAAUAGAUCAGCCGCGUUCUUAAAACGGUUAUCUAUCGUGUGUCUUAAUUGGCCGAGUAAAACAGUUUUGGAGUGUUUGAAUAAAAUGGAGAAACUGAUUCAGAAACAUCCGCGUCUUGAUGCCCUACUAACAACAGACGACCGCCUCACAAAUGGAGUAUACCGCGCGGAACUUGACGAUCCAGAACUUUGUAAUCCGUUUGCAACAAGUUUGUGGGAAUUGUAUUUAUUAGAGCAUCAUUAUGAUCCAAAAGUACGUCAAGCUACUACACAUUUAUACAAUUUUGAACAUCCUGCAACUGCUAACGGGCGACGAGAAGGCAAAUUAUAA